AUGCAAGAGGAGCAACAGCCUGAGGCUGCUGCAGAUCCAAUGCCCUCCUCAGAUGCACCAGAAGAUGGCCCAAAGGAACCGUCGAGUGUAUCGCAGAAUAUCUCUGAUGCAGAUGCAUUUAAAAUUCUCCUGGAGAUGAAGAUGAAGAAGAGGCAGAAAAAGCCUACUUUACCAAGCACUGUGACUGAGCUUGGCACUGAGGAUGGCUCUAAAGUAUAUGUGGUUGGAACAGCCCACUUCAGUGACAGCAGCAAAAAGGAUGUAGUGAAGACAAUACAAGAAGUGCAGCCUGAUGUAGUUGUGGUGGAAUUAUGCCAGUACAGAGUUUCUAUGUUAAAAAUGGAUGAAAAGACAUUACUAAAAGAAGCCAAAGAAAUAAAUCUGGAAAAACUUCAACAAGCUAUAAAGCAGAAUGGAGUCAUGUCUGGAUUGAUGCAAAUGCUGCUUCUGAAGGUUUCUGCUCACAUCACAGAACAGCUGGGAAUGGCCCCAGGAGGAGAAUUCAGGGAGGCUUUCAAAGAGGCCAGUAAAGUACCUUUCUGUAAAUUCCAUCUUGGAGACCGACCCAUCCCUGUUACAUUUAAGAGAGCAAUUGCUGCACUUUCUUUCUGGCAAAAAGUCAAACUUGCUUGGGGCCUUUGCUUCUUGUCUGACCCAAUCAGUAAAGAUGAUGUGGAGAAAUGCAAACAGAAGGAUUUACUGGAGCAGAUGAUGGCAGAAAUGAUCGGAGAAUUUCCUGAUCUUCAUCGAACGAUUGUCUCGGAACGAGAUAUUUACUUGACCUACAUGCUGAAGCAAGCAGCAAAGCAGACAGAACUACCUCGAGCUUCAGAAAAUGAACCUAGAAAAUAUAUCCCAGCUGUUGUAGUUGGUGUUGUUGGGAUGGGUCAUGUACCUGGAAUUGAAAAGAACUGGAACUCUGACUUAAACAUCCAGGAAAUAAUGAGCGUGCCUCCUCCAUCAGCUUCAAGUAAGAUUUUCAAAUUUGUCAUAAAAGCGACAGUUUUUGGACUGAUGGGAUACGGCUGCUACCGAAUAGGUCAAAGGACGGUUCAGUUUAUUCUCUCGAUGCCAGCAGCACAGAGCUAUCUUCAGAAGCUGACAGAAAUAAGGUCUCAGCAUUGAACAUCGCGUGGACACACUAGGCGAAGGAGGUGGCUGAAAAAGGGUGGCAGAGGCAACAGCUGUGAACUGGACUGCGAGAAGAGCAAGAUGAGGAUUCUAGUCAGAGGUGAUCGAUGCUGAGCAACGCUGAAUCACUAUAUAAUGAAAGAUUUGAUACUGAAGUUACACCA